UCCACUGACAGGCUCAGAUCAGUUAGGUCAGUAGCACAAAAAGUAACCGUAGCAUCUGUGACUUUGAUGUUAUUGGCCUACUUAUUUUGGCCAAUACGCUAUAAGGUAACUGAAACUAGUUUACAAUAGCUAACCACAGUAAUUAAAUAGUGAGUUUGAUAAACAUAAUUGCUGCUAAAAGUUAUCCGUGGUUAGACACUAAAACUUGCUAACUUAGCCACCCCCACCUCUAGCUUAAAAAAGUCAAGUAGCUACAGCUAACGCGAAGCUAGGCAAACAUUACUUGGGUAACCGCAUCCGCUGACAGAGGCUGACCUAUCACGCGGCUCGUUUGGCGUUAAGAAGAUGUUUGUGAACUAGUGGCGCUGUCAGAUUCACUGUGUACUACUGACAGCCAAAGCGCUAUCGUUAGUUUGGCAGCCAACUGCACCAGAGAGUAAGAUAAUGUUAGCUAGCUAGCUAACAGGCGGCGUUAGCUUUAGCAUAACAAGAGCUCUGCUUUGGGAGUCAGCUGACAGCCUUCUGUAAGCUGCCAACAGACCUACAGACCAGUGAUGGAUCAACUGAAAGUGAAGGAUCGCAUACUGGAAAACAUCUCACUGUCUGUUAAGAAGUUGCAGAGUUACUUUGCGGCCUGUGAAGAUGAGACUCCAGCCAUCCGAAAUCACGACCGGGUCCUUCAGCGCCUCUGUGAACACCUUGACCAUGCACUGCUAUAUGGCUUGCAGGACAUCUCCUCAGGCUACUGGGUCCUGGUCCUUCACUUCACCAGGAGAGAGGCUGUCCGUCAGAUAGAUGAGCUUCAGCACAUAGCAACCAACCUUGGUCGAAGCCGAGCAUGGUUAUACCUGGCAUUGAGUGAGAGCUCUUUAGAGAGCUAUUUACGCCUCUUCCAGGAGAACCAAGGAUUACUGCAGAAGUAUUACUUCAAGAACGCACUGGUCUGCAGUCAUGACCACCUCACACUCUUCCUCACGCUGGUGUCCGGCCUGGAGUUCAUUCGCUUUGAUCUGGAGCUGGAUGUGCCCUAUCUGGACGUGGCCCCCUACAUGCCAGAAUACUACAAACCCCAGAAUCUGCUGGACUUUGAGGAAAGGCUGCCGAGCUCAGACAGCUUAUCCCUGCACUCCUUCACGUCCCUCACCUCCACCAACCUGGAGUGGGAUGACAGUGCCAUAGCCCCCUCCAGUGAAGAUUAUGAUUUCGGUGACAUCUUCCCCGUGUUGCAGUCAUUGCCAAGUGCAGACUGGGAAGAGGGCGACCUGACGGACCAGGCCAGCUGCCCGCGAUCCAGUGGCUCUGAUCCCCAGACAGUCAUCAGCGACACAGUGGUCCUCUCAGCAGGCACCGUCAAGGUGAAGGUAGCAGCUCAUCUUUCUCCUCACAGCCCCACGUUCAGACACAACCCCUUCAACGAGGACUCGGACACUAACACCACAAACACUUCAGCCGACGUCACACCAGUUCAUGUGGCUGGCCACCACAACCCCACCGCUACUGGAGAAGACACAGAGAGCACUAGCAAUGAGCUGGAGGUCAUCAGGAUGGCCAGACGAAAGAAACCAGCCAAGAAGCGUAGAGGGAAGGGCUCCACAGAUUCCAGCAGCAGCAUCCAUAACUCUAUCUCCUCCGAGCACAUGGAAAUGGACAACAGCCUCCCGGCCUCAGAGGAUGUGUAUUCAUUAAACGGGACUGUAAUUCAGCUGGAUGAUGAGGCAGAGUUGAGGAGAAGCAGGGUGGGAUCAGAGGUUGUGGAAGAAGGAGAUGAGGACGGAGUAGAAGGCCUCCUACGACUCCCAGAGAUGACUGACACCUCCAUGGACACCGUGGGCCAACCCCUCCGUGAUGUCAUGGACCGGCUCAACGGGGCUCUGGAUAAGGGGGAGGCCUGGGAGCACAGAGAAGACGGGGAGGAGACAAACAGCGGAGGCUGUGACCAGAACCCCGAGCCCCCUGCCCGGCAGCCCUUUCGAGAGGACUCAGGGGGCAAGCCUCCCGACCCAUCACCAGGAGAGGCGUCUCACUCCCCUCUGGCCACAAGCCACAACUUCCUUCAGACCUCUCCUGCACCCGCAGACUUAUGCUGCUUUACCCCCAACAGUACAGACUCUUCUCCCACGGGUGGUGGCCACUAUGACUCUACAGAGCAUAGCCAGUCGCAAACUCUUUCAGGUGGCCUUGAAGAUGAAGGAGCGGCAAAAGCGUCAGCAGGACAGGAGCCUGAGAUGAAGACCUGGGACGAAGGAACAGAAGGAGAGUCAACCAACAAGAAUGCGUUUGCUGAUGAAGCAGAGAGUUCUCAUCCUGCAGAGUUUAAGGUGGACAACAAUCACUUGCUCCUUCUCAUGAUUCAUGUAUUCAGAGAGAAUGAGGAGCAGCUCUACAAGAUGGUGAGAAUGAGCACAGGCCACAUGGAGGGGGACCUGCAGCCCCUGUACCUGCUACUGACUGACUGUUACAUCUACCUGCUGAGGAAGGGUGCAGCAGAGAAGCCCUACACAGUAGAAGAAGCUGUUUCUUAUAAUGAAUUGGACUAUCUUUCAGUGGGCCUUGACCAACAGACAGUGACGGUAGUUUGUACCAACAGGCGAAGGAAAUUCCUGUUAGACACAGCUGACGCCUCUCUGACUCAGUGGUUCUUGUCUGUGCUCAAGUCAGCCAUGGUGAAGGGUUGUCGUGAGCCUCCUUAUCCCUCUGUGCUGACUGAUGCUACCAUGGAGAAACUGGCUCUCACUAAGUUUAUCUCCCAGGAAUCUCACUGUGAGGUAUAUGAAGUGUCUAUCCAGCUGUAUUCACUGGUCCACUGGGAGGAUCCUAUGGACUUGACUUUGUCACCCCAGGGAGGCGCACCAACCUUUGGACCACCGUCCAGCACCAAGGAAGGGACUCUGCAGUACCGGGCUGGAACCACCUACCUGGGCAAAGAGCUGUGGAAAAGCUGCUACCUCGUCCUCAGUAAAGGGAUUUUGUACCUGUAUGCAGAAAGAACUGAUGUGACACCUCUGCUAUCAGUCACUAUGGGAGGAGAGCACUGUGGAGGAUGCCGUCGCUCAAACAGCACAGAGCGUCCCCACGCCUUCCAAGUCAUCCUGACAGAGCGACCGCCACUGGAGCUCAGCGCCAACAAUGAGCAGGACAUGGCCGACUGGAUGCAGCUGCUCUGCCAGUCUGUUUCCAAAGGGCCGCCUUCCCUGCAGGUCAUCCCUCAGGGCGUGGCCCCCACUCCGUGUGUCCCGUGUUGCCUGGUGAUGACAGACAGGAAGCUGCUUACCUGCCAUCAGGACUGUCAGACCAGCUUUUUCCGUUCGUUGGACAGCGCCGACAUCUGUGAUGUCACUGCUGUCAGCAUGGAGGCCAACAAGGAGUACUGUGUCAUUGAGUUUGCGGCAGAUCGGACCCAGUUCCUUCCUCCGUGGGUGUUGUACUUCAGUGGCUGUGAAGAGAGAGAUCGACUGCUGGAGGUGUUAGACAACACAUGGAAAGCCAUUUUCCAGGUCGACCUUCCCCACAGAGAAGUGUUGGAUCCAUCCAUGCAGAAGCGUUGUGGUGAGGCCCUUGCCCUCAUGAAUAGUGCCUGGCAGAGGGCAGACAGUCUGGCCCGAGGCAGAGCCCAGCGUGAACCCUGGUGCUGACAGACACACACAUGCAUGCAUACAGUUACCUGUGGGUAGCCACUGAAGCUGUUUUACAGUAUGAUAUGAUUUCAGUAUAGAUGGAUUUAACUCUGACAUACAGUCUGUGUCACUGUCAAGUGAGUUCUAAGGUGAAAAUCAGAUGUGGUCAUUGGUUUUUGCACUGCGGCGUGAGCUUGUUGCACCUUUGAUUCACUGAUGAAAUGUUUCUGUCAGUGAAACUCUCUGCAGAAGUAGCAAUGCAUAUGGCACAGCACAUUGCAGUGAUGCAACAGCAAGACAUUCUAACAUGAAAUAAAAUGUAAUGAUGGAAUACUAACAGAAGGUUCUAAAAGAUUUGAUCUGAUCCUAGUGAUACAUUGCUAUUAUUCCUUUAUCAGAGGUCCUGAAGAAAUAACAGCAAUGAUGAACAAAUAAACAAUCAAGAAAAAAUCACAUGUUGAUGGAAAAAGCUCUGUAACAGAUUGUAAGCGAAACCUCAUGGUAAAAAGCAUGGAAUUACAUGAAGAAGAUAAUUAUUAGAAUGGAUGAUUGCAGAACUCGGGAAGACUUUUGACACCAAUCUUCAAUACGCUGUGCAUUCAAAUAUAUCCUGCUGAAAUGAGUUUGAGCAUUUUGUCUCCACAAAGUAAACGUCAAAAGUCAAGCCGUGACUUUGUCAUGUAGACAGGACUGAAAAAGUUUAAAACAUAUUUAGUACACUAAGGAAGCUGAGUGUGGAGGAAGACAAGGAUCCAUUACCAGCAGCUUCCCUGCACAAUGAAAUAAGAGAAUUAUUCAUGUUUUCUUAUAAAAAAUUAAUGUUAUAUAUGUCAAGAAAGCCAUAUAUAUGAAGGGGGCGGUUAAUGCUUGCUUGCGACAUGGAAAAUUUCAUACUCCUUGCCUUGCACGCACACACAAGUAACCGUCUGAUCCCACAAGUCACAACUGUGUGUGAAGAUUACAGUCACUCCUUGCUUAGUAACCCUUACUAUGGUACAUGAAGAGAGCAAAUGUACAGCACUGUACAGUAUCAAUGCGUAAUCACUGACGGGUUGUGUACGUGUCUGAGUUUCGGUUUGUCUAACGGCACAUACCUCUACACACUGAAUUAUUGUUGCAUUGUACAUUAGCUUGAGAGAAUAAGGAUCUCAAUAUGAAGAAUAUGUGGAUAUACUGAACAGUUGCACUGUUACGUGACAUGCCUGUGUCGUCUAUCUGAGAUCGUGCUUUAUCAAGUUCAGUGUCACUCAGAUGAAAAAAAUCAGGAAAUGCAACAGACUUGCCUUUUAUCUCCGCUCCGUAGAGACGAGUGGAGGCUUCCAUGCAGACUUGCACAUUGUUUUCGCUGUUAGUCUUUUUGUUUUUUUAACGGUACCAGUUAUGGUUUUGUGUUAAUAUCGUAAUGUGCAUUUCUGUUUCCAUUGUAGAGAAAAUGGGAACAAUUGUUACUAAAUUAUUCAGCUGAGUGGGGACAUUUUGUGUCGGUAUUAAUAUCUGUGUUUGCAUCUGCAGACGUGUGCGUCCCCUUUAGUGUGGGCAAGUAUCAAGUAAGAAUUACAGUCUGUGUGAAGAAUCCGUUACUGAAUGAGAGCUACAAGUUGUCUUAGCUUGCCAUUUUUAUUUUGCACCAGUGGUUGGUGGCAUACUAAGAUCUGGCCACCCCACUAAUUUAGAACAUCCCUUUCUGCACUAGUCUUUUAAGACCAUGUUGGAGGUUCAUAGAAUGAAGUUUAAAAAUAAGGCUAGAAAUUAAAUAGCCUUUCAACUUAGAGCAAGUGUAGCAUCUGCUAUUAUCAGAUUAAUGCUUUUAAGUAAUAUUAAUUAAUAUUUAAUAAUAUUAAAGCUUUACUUGGAGAAGGAAAACGAAUGAUAAGACCCUAAACCCUUUCUAGUUUCCCUACAAAUUACAGUCAGUAGAUGAUAGUGCAUGUAUUACAAUCUGCUCUUAACAUUAAGACUGAUCAGAGUACUGCUGCUCAGUCAAUGACAGUGUGUAAGUGCUCCCAUUACAAGGCUGAGAUCAGCGUGAUAUUACUUUUGCAAUGACAAUGUUGCCUUUUUGACAACCUCGACUGAACUGGACAAAAUGGCCAAUUCGUUUAAACUAAAUGAAGCAUUAUUAGUUCCUUUUUGGGGUUGCCUUACACUGUAUAAUUUGGCUGACGUUGAAAAGCUUAAACAAUCAUCUUAGGUUUAUGUUGUGGUUCAAGGCAAAAAAUGUGCUGUGUAUAAGGCUGGGUCUCCAUCCUUAAUAGUUUGUGAGUACAGACAUAAUGGUGUCUAUAUUGAAUGUUUUCUCUUAAAUGUGAUUAUAUUCUGCAAAAUAUUUUACACUCAAAAAUACCGUCAUGGUAUAUUUUCCAAAACUCUGAUAUUUAAAAGGCACCAGUAUAAAAACCUUCAAAUGAUACCCAGCCCUAUCACAUGUCACUUAUGUAUGUUUGUUUGAAAUGUCUUUCUCCGUCACACUGUAUUACUUUCACAUCAGCAUUAAUCAGUAUCAGUGCUUUAAGCCUUUCUAAGUGCCACUCGGUCUCAUUUAUCUUCUGCUCUUUGACAAAGAAAUCUAAUCUCAGGUGAAAAAGGUAUGUCACAUCCAAAACCUUAACACUCACCGUCUGUUUUUUUGUUUUUUUUUUUGUUUUUAUUGCUGCUGUUUUGUCUAAUUCAGUAUUUUUUAAAUCCCGUUUUUCUUUUUUAGUUUGAUACAGCAUUAUGAAGUUAUUUUGCGCACACAGACGAGGCUGCAAAGUGAUAUUACAUGUUGGAAAAGGUUUUAUAUAAAAGUCCUUUAAUAAUUCAGUGGGUUCCAAAAUAGGAUCAGUUGGCUGUGUAGUAAGAAUCGUCCCCACCCAGUGGGUUGCCUAAGGACUUUUUGACCAGGGAGAGUACACUUGCAAUAGUUGGACUUACUUGAAAUGUCUGUUGGAUUAUCAGUAAAGAAUAAAUUGCGUAGAUUUGUGGCCUAUGAAGUGUAUAUAAAGAAAAAGUCUUGAGCAGUGUUUUGAAUGUGGGGCAUUGCUGGCCAAUGAUGGAUGACAUCUUCUAAGUAAUGCAUUGUGAAAAAGCGCUUUUUGAUUUUUGUUUAUAAAUGUAUACUGCAUGUAAUAUUUGUAUGAUGUUUAGCAGUUUUAUUGAAUUGUAAAUAGAGCACUAAUCAAUUAUAACAUACUGUACACUCACACGUAAAGACGUGCAUGUCCAGAAGGUUUAAUGAAUGUACAGAUAAACCUUUGUGAUUGGACAGUGUAACUGAAUAAACCGAAAUGAAACCUUG